GACCAGCUUUACAAGACGACCAGAAAAGAUGGCUUAUCAUCGGGAUAUGUUUACACAGUAUUAUUGUACCCGCCUUGAGGAAGUAUGUACCGCCGAUUCUACGUACUUUGUAUGCCUCUUUGAAAACUUCGGACAGUAUCGACAGCCAAACGUUUAGAAACUAUCUAAGACAUUACAGACCGACACACAAAGAACUGAACUACGAAGCCAUCAACGGCAAUGGUACUGUUCCAAAAGUAAAGGGAACGAUUGAUUUGCAGAAGUAUGACUUCGGGGUGCAGAACUGCGUCGACCUAUCUAAACUGUUCCUUCAGACACACAUGGCACACUAUACAGGUUUUGAUGACACGUGCGACACAUCAGCGCUACUGGCACUCAUUAUCAAUAUCGACAUGUUUCCACAAGCCUUGCGGACUGCUUCCGAAGCGGUACGUGACGAUGUCCGCAACCUAUGGGCUCAUUGUAACUUCAAUGAAUGGGACAACCCGAGAUAUCAGAAUAGUUUCUUGCUAAUGGAACACCUGAUUCAAUGCAUGAAACUACAGAAACAAGAAGAGGUAGACGUCCUGAAGCUGCUGGCGACAUGGAAGGCAAACGGUUCUGCGUUACUACAAGGGACCAUUGGAUUCGAGGUGCUGACCGAAGUAAAGAAAGCAACAUCUAUUUUAGCUGAAUAUUGUAAAAUCACAGGAGCUACUGCUGACGAGAACUUUGAAAAUAUCUACAGGGUUUUGACAAAUGUAUGUUCAAAUUUAGAAUGUUUAAAACAGAUAGUUUACACAAUGGAAACAGAUCGCAAGAAAUAUUGGGAAAAACUUAAAUCUCUUCAACAGAAAGUCGACAGCCUGUCGUCGAAAGAGGAUUCAAGCAAUGAAAUACAUCAUUUUCAUACACCUGAUAGAAUAAAAACAUUUGUUGGCCGUGAAAAGGAACUUGAGCAGAUAAAUUUAAAGUUCAGGGCGAACGAUGAAAGGACAUAUACACAAGCAAUUUGCGGUCUAGGAGGAAUGGGCAAAACCACGCUGGCGAUCGAAUAUGCCUGGAAAUUUCGGGAAAAUUAUCCGAGCGGAGUCUUUUGGGUUUUAGUAGAAAACGACGACACGCUUCUCAGAUCUUUUCAGUACCUAACUGUACGACUUGGAAUUGAUUCGGCUGAUGGAAAAGAUGCAAUGAGAAAAACAAUGCACAAGUUGUCCUGUUGUAAAACUAGGUUGCUCUUGGUCGUUGAUAAUCUCGAUAGUGACACAAUAACUGAACAUAUGGCAGAAUUAUUGUCGAGUGUAUGGAGGCGUGAUACUAAAAUACACGUUAUAAUCACGUCUCGGAGGGAAAAAGUCAGUGCAGUUGAAAUGUUUGAUACAGAUUAUUGCGUAGGAAUGAAUAAACUGACACUGGCACAAGGUAGAGAUUUUAUGAAAACACGAACAGGAAUAAACACAAAUGAUAACACAAUAGAAAAGUUUGUAGAAGAAUUAGGAGGAUUACCACUUGCUCUGGAGCAAGCUGCAGCACACAUCAAAGUGUUACAAUGUUCCUUCAAAGACUAUUUGGAUGAAUUCCGGGGAAAACGUUUGAAACUUCGUCAAGCUAAACGUAAAGGUGGUCAUUUUCAUGAGUCCGAGGAACGAUUAACAGUUCAUACAACUUGGAAAAUGAACAUUGAUCAAAUUAUCAAACAUUCAGAAGAGGAAGGUCUUGGUACAGCCGCUGCCACUGUGAUGGAAAUAAUUGCUAUUGCACCUCUGCCGGAGUUUCCGUUAAGCCUGUUGAAUACUGGUGAGCCAGACAUUCUAACAGUAGAUGGCAGAAAUGUAGAUAAUGCUCAAACAAUAUUGAAAGAUUUACAUAGUGCAAUGAACAGUAAACUAAAAAAGAAACAAGCUGUGGAAAUUCUGACAAGAUUUUCUGUUGUGGACAGGGAACAAUCAGAUGAACUGACAAUGCAUCGAUUGGUUAAAAAAACUAUUGAAGAAACCAUGGAUGAUGAAAAAGUGACAAUGCUCAAGCGUUGUGCUUACGGUAUGACUGGCAAAGCCAGGAAAAAUAAAGAGGAAUGUGUAGAUGCUACAAAGCCUUCAGACCUACUGAAAAUAAGAAUAAAAGAAGCUAUUAACAUACAGGUGAUAAAUGGUAUACUAGCUAUUGAAAUAAAAACGACAGAAUCAAUACAAGCUAUUGCGAACUUUAACUCAUAAUUCAAAAAAAGUGUUUGAUUUUAUUGAUCGAAGCCAACUUUCAGAUAAAUUGUUCUCAAUUGGGCUCCAUCGUGGUAAAUUACUAAGCGCAUAUAUUUUGUUGUAUAAAGAUGUAAAAUGUUGCGUGAGAUUAAAUGGUUCCGAUACCUCUUUGUUGGAUGUUACUAGUAAGUGCGGGUGAAACAUUUUCCAUUGUUUCCAAUACAUGUACUUUUUAAUUGAUAUAUUAAAUGUAAUUAAAAAAUAGAUGCUGGUAUCAGAAUAAAUGAGGAUAUUGUAAGUAAACCUUUAUUUGCUGAUG